AUGUUGGGGAAAUCUGUGGUUCCUCUUAUGAUUGCACUUUGCAUAGUUUCUGCCACAAAGCAGCUUUGCGAUCAAAUCUCGUGCCCAGACAUCAGAGUAAAAUAUAAUUAGAAAGGCGACGGCGAGUGCAAUCUUAAUUGCAUGAAUGUUUUUUGCGGCUAUGACUCAGCUCUCCAUGACCCAGCUUCUAAAAAGGUUAGCUCAGACUGCUAUUGGGACUGCAUUUCAAUCGAUGGAUGCGACCCAAAAAAUCUUGGCGAUGGAAUUUGCCACGAUUCUUGCAACACAAAAAGCUGCGGCUUUGACUGAGGAGACUGUGGAAAUUGCGCAUCCUCGUGCCUUAUUGACUUAGAAAAUGGAAAUGAAAAUAAAGUUUGCGAUCCAAACUGUAAUGUUCCUUCCUGCUACUAUGGACUAGGAGCUUGUAAAGAAUGCUCUAUAGGAUGCACUGCGGAAAUGAUGGGUGAUGGAGUUUGUGACAUUGAAUGCCAAAAUUCCCAAUGCAAUUUUGACCUAGGAGAUUGCUUCAAUGCCACUUGUGCUCCAGGAUGCUACCUAUGAAUGAUAGGAAACUCAAUUUGCGAAGAAGCUUGCCACGUAGAAGAGUGCAACUAUGACGAGUAUGAUUGCGACUGCUCUCCAGGCUGCUUUGAGCACAUGCUUGGAGAUGGAAAUUGUGACGAAGCUUGCAACAACUGGAAUUGCACGCUUGAUAACCACGAUUGUGGAGCCUGCGCCAGUGGGUGCUAUCCAGAAAUGCUGGGAGAUACUAAUUGCGAUCCAGAAUGCAGUAAUUACGACUGUUAUCACGAUUAUCAGGAUUGCCAAUGCGCUGAAGGUUGCACGUACUUAGACUAUGGAAAGUGCAAGUCAGAAUGUUUGGUCGCUUCAUGCAAUUAUGAUAAAGUUCUACAAUUCCAAGAUCUGUGAUGCCAAAACACUUCUCUAGCAAUCUUUUCUUCAUACCAGCAGAAUAUUCGCAAAAAUUAUACAUAUGUUGCUCAUUUGGAAGACUGCUAUACGGCAUCAGACUACGAAUGCACCAUUGAUAAAGCUUUUGAUUUGGCUAACUGCUAUCCUGAAUGCAACAUAAUUGAGUGUAAUUAUGCGAAUGGCAAUUGCAACGAAAGAAGUAAUGAAGAUUAUGCGUGUGCUAGAUUCUAUGGGAAUAGUAGUUUAGGCCAAUGCAUGGCUUGCACGAAUUCUUGAUUUGAAGGGUGGGUUUUAUUAGAUGGAAUUUGCGUUGAUAUUCUAUUGCAUACUUCCAAAUGCCCCUAUCGUCUCCCAGAUAGCUCAUACUUUAUAUGGGAUUAUCAAGAUACUUCAAGCAUAAGCAAUCCUUAUAUUUAUUUCGUAACUUCAACUCCAAAUGGUCUAGAGUUUGCUGGUGAUGGGACUUUUAAUUGACCAUACCAGUACUUAUGAUUAUCCAUGUCAUCGCUUAGUCAUAACUACAUGGUUGUUUACCUUUUAGAUGAUGGACCCUAUUCUAUAGAUGGUUCAGGAUAUUAUGAAGAUAACCAUUAUUGUCAGUCUUCUUUCAGCUCCUUCAAUCCAAAAUACUUGAAAAUCGAAAGUUGAACAGGCAAACAAGUCAUUAUUCAAGAUUUGUAUUAUGAUUGAGGCGGUCUUCACUUUAUACGCUCAUAUAACCAAAUCUUUGAGCUUUCAAAUAUUAUUUUCAAAGGAAGCUACUGAUUAGAAGGUUGUUCAGGCGCAUAUUGUGAUUACUGCCCCUUUAUCAUGUAUAAAGCAGGAAUCGGUAGUUUAAAUGACAGAGAAGAAGUAGUUAGCGAAUUCAUGCCUGAGAAUGUCUGCAAGGAUCAGAAUUUUGAUUCAAGCUUUCUUCCUAUAGAAAAUGCGAAUGCUUUUUUAACAAAUGUUAGCUUUGUCAAUUUUAGAACCAGCCUUUGGAGCAUUAUAAACUACUAUGAUAAUUCUAAUAUCACAUUGAAAAAUGUUACUUUUGAUAAUAUUAUUCUUUCAAGUAAAGAGCAAUCAGCUGUAAUUGUGGGCGGUAUUAAUAUUGAAUUAUUUGGUUUAGAAGCUCCUGGCGGAAACUUUUAUUAUAGUGAAGGAACUGUUUCGAGGAUCAACAAUGGUUAUGAACUUCUGGACCCCAAAGAUUUACGAGGGUUUUUAUAUAUAGUUAGCGGAGGUUCUGUUUCAAUCAAAAAUGUUGAAUUCAGAAACAAUAUAGUCCAUCGAAAAGAAUUCACUCUUGAAAUAGAAAGCGAACUUAGCACGGCUUCAUUGAUCGCUGGAAAAUUUUCAGGUGCUGUUGAGAUAGAUUCCUGCACCUUUAUUUAUAAUUACUGUGAACUUGGUUUAAUAAACCUCCCGUUAACUUUUUCUACUGGUUCUGUUCAAGUAGACAAUAAAUUAGAAGUUAAGCAAUCUAAAGCAAACCAAUUACUUACUUUCCCUUGUGAGCGAAUAAAAAAUCUUAUUCGCCCACGGAGAAUUUUUUUUCAAAUUUAAAAGAAAAUAGCAAAUAUUAAUUUAAUUUGUAAAUUAUAUUUUAAAAAGUGAUUGUUUAAAAUUAAAAAGAAUUAGCUCAAGAUUUAAAUUUACUAAUUAUCACUUAUAUAUCAAAAUAUUUUUGGGCAAAACAUAGGGAUUUUUUAAUGGUUUUGUUCUCUCAAGGAGGGGGGGUUAUAAAGCACUCUCGUUUCGAGUCAAAUUAUGGUAAAAGUGUUGGAAUCUUACUGGCUAAGUUUGUAAAUCAAAACCAAAACGUUCUAAUUGAUAACUGCACCCUUUAUUCUAAUGGAGUGGAGAAUGGUGCAUUAAUAGAUAUCCAGGCUGGAUAUAUAGAUGAAGAGCAUUUGAACGACAAAUAUUUAAACUAUACAGUGCCGUCAGGGGUUAUUAUUCAAGUGAAGUAUUUACUCCCCCCUCCGUGAGUGAACAAAACCAUUAGAAAAAUCCCGAUUUUUUGCCAAAAGCCCACCCUCCGUGAGUGAACAAAAAUUUGUUAUGAAAAAAAAUUGAUAUAUAAGUGAUAAUUAGUAUAAUGAAAUCUUGAACUAAUUCUGUUUAAUUUUAAACAAAUUGCUUUUUAAAACAUAAAAUUUUAUAAAUUAAAUUAAUAUUUGCUUUCCAAUUUUUACGAAUUAGGAUUUUUUUAAAUUUCGAAAAAAAUAUUUUCUAUAAAAUUUAUAUAUAAAUUUUUUUAAAAAAACAAAUUAACCCCCCUUGUAAGUGAACAAAAUUUUUUUGUUCACUCACGGAGGGGGGGAGUUAGCCAAGUGGCUAGAAAUCAAUGAUGUGCAGUUUAAUGAUAAUAACUGUGGAAAAAGUGGUUUACUAACUCCCCCUUCCUCCGUGAGUUACCAAAGCCAUUGGAAAAAUCCCUAUUUUUGCCCAAAAACCCAAAAAACUAUUUUUAAUAGAAAAAAUUUUGAUAUAUAAGUGAUAAUUAGUAUAUGAAUAUCUCAAGCUAAUUCUGUUUAAUUUUAAACAAAUUGCGUUUUAAAACAUAAAAUUUAUAAAUUAAAUUGAUAUUUGCUUCCCAAAUUUGUGCAAAUUAAGAUUUUUUUAAAUUUCGAAAAAAAAAAAUUUCUAUAAGCUUUAUAGAUAAAUUUUUAAAAAAACAAAUAACACCCCUCCAUGAGCUAACAAAAUUUUUUUGUUCACUACGGAGGAUUGGGAGUAAGCAUUAAAAGAAUGGGAAAUAUAAAAAUGAGCAAUUCUCUAAUGCAAUCAAAUGGAAUAAUGUCAGGUAAAAACAUUAAUUCAAUUCUUCUGGAUUUCUAUAUUUCAGAUCCAAAUCUCUACCUCAAACUUCGAGUAUCAAACCCAGCAAGUUUAGACUGCAAAUUUCUAUCCUCGAUUUCUGAUUCUCUCAACUUUACAAUGUCGGAAAUGCAUAUCGAAAAUAAUCAUUGAGAAAACUCUUCUCCUUCUAUUAUUAUUUCAAAUACAACAAAUCCAUUCAUAAAUUCCUCUCAUUUUAAUGACAAUUCUGGCCAAAGUACCAAUGGGACUUGUUUAUUUUUCACAAAAGUAGCCUCUAUAUUGAUUUUUGGAUCAGAGUUUGCAAGAAAUGUUAACAAUCUUCCCAGUAGCCCAGGAGUGAUCUAUGUUGACAGCAAUUGCUAUCAGCUAUCAUUAAUUAGUUGUAACUUUACUGAAAAUAGUGCUGACUUAGGGGGUGCGCUAUAUUUUUUAGGCCAGGUAUUGUCAAUUGAGUCUACUGACUUCGAUUCAAAUAUUUCACCUUUACUUUCAGGAGGAGCUAUCUAUUAUGCCUUAGCGAGUUUGCAAACAGGAUCCCAUUCACUUUCAAUCUCUAACAGCAAGUUUACGAAAAAUGUUGGCUUAUGAGAAGGAGGGGCAAUAUACAUUCAAUGAAAAUUAUCUUUAAAAAAGGAGAUGUCACUUUACAUGUAUGACUCGGAGUUUAGCUUCAACAAAGCUGAAUAUGGGGCAGCAAUUUACAUUGAUAGCACUCUAGCCUUAUCAGGUGACUCCCUUAUAGAAUUAGGAUUAUUAAAGUCAGGCGUUAGCCAUAUUGGUGAUGCAGUCACCAAAGACCUCCAGUACUGGAGUUUUUACCACUUUUCGACUCCAGCACAGAGGGUCUAUACCUCGUGCGCCCUUCCGGUAUCUUCUGUCUUCUCCUUGCCUUGAGGCUCCAGUCUUGAGUGGGCGGCUUAUGGAGUUCUGAGGCCCUGCUACAGUGAUUGGAGUAGCUUGAUUCCGGCAGCUACAGGAAAAAACUGUUCCCCUGUGGCCUGGACCCAAACCCCAAUUUCUCGGUAGAGGAAUGCUCAUGGGUCCUCGGAUCCAAAGGACGUUGUUGAGCACCUCCAUUUCCAGCCACAGAAAGCAGUCAAAGCCUAACCGGAAUACACACCUAGCCUGCACUUGAUUCUCAGCUCGGAGUCCGUCCCAAUUCGCUGUAGCCAUAAAGUCUGGACUACUACGCCAAGAGGGCACGCUGGCACGUGUCGCCAUUUUAAUGCAUAUGUGACUCACUUAUAGAAGGCUGCAUUUUCCGAGAAAACGUGGCUCAGACUUCAGGCAUAAUUUCAAUUUUUUAUAUAUAUGGAACUCUGCUAUUUAAUAAAUGUGAGUUUGUAAAGAACUCAGGAAACAUAGGUGCGGCACUUGAAAUCACAAUAGGAGAAAGCAGCAUAAGCUCUGUGUCCAAAGUCAUUCUAAAGUCUUGCAGCUUUAGGCAAAACGAAGGAACUGCAAUAAUUUUGAUGCAAGACUCCAACACUUUUUCACUCCUGGAUACGUUUUAUUGCGAAUUCAUCAGCAAUGCAGGGGUCACGUUUUCUCUUGACUAUGACUCACUUAGUGAUGUUGGCUCAACAAUUAAUAGCAGUUUCUCUGAAUCUUCUGGCGCUGUUUUUGAUCUUAGAAACCGUGCGAAAGUCCAAUCUGAAGGUAUCUUUAUAUCCAACUGUGCAACGCUAAAGAAUGGUGGAGUCGUCUCGAUGAGUUCAAAUUCAGAAUUUAUUUGCACAUCAUGCUCCUUUAUUAAAAAUAAUGCUGGUCUGCUAGGGGGAGUUAUAUAUGCGGCUUCUAAUUCUUAUUUUGCUAUACAGGAUUCAAUUUUUAAGCAAAAUUCUUGCCCAGGUCCAGGGGCUGUUUUUUACUUGGUCAGUUUAGUAGAAUCAUCUUCAGUUAUCAGAAAGAGUAAAAUUGAAGAAAACUAUUCAUUAGAUGGUGGAAUUAUAGCUUUGUUGUCUUCAAAAAUAGCAAUUGAGUCUACUAUAAUUUUCAACAAUACACUAGAUAAAGGUAGUGCAGAACUUUAUAUUACCAAUUCGGUAGCUACAAUCACCAAUACAACUUUUUCAGAUCAUCUUGGCAACCAAGGGCAAUUUAUAAGCAUAAACACUUAUAGCCAAGCAAUAAUUCAGGAUUCCUUUAUCUUAAAUGGAAAAUCUGACUCCUCUGGUAUAGCCAUUUCUGCUACUGGAAGCACAGCCAAUAUUGCUAAUACAGUAUUUCUGAAUCUGAGUUCAAACAAUGGAGGCAUCAUAAGCUUGGAUGCAGGGAGUUUGCUUAGACUUGGCAAUUGCUCAAUAUCUGCAAGCCCUUGCUCAGCUAUUGAUGCAAUUAAUUGCGAUCUUUUUAUAUAUAACACAACAUUUCAGGAUUAUACUACAACUGCAAUACGUGGCCGCGAAUUAAAUUCUUUGCAAGUUUCAAAUUCUGUAUUUUCUGAAGGACGUGGGCAAAAUGGAGGGUCCAUUUAUUGUUUAAGGUGUAAAGAUGUUGCUAUUCAAUCAUCCUUAUUUGAAAAUAACACCUCUGAAGAAGGAGGAGCCAUUUAUUUUGCCACUGAUACUGAUUUCCCUAUUAAUAACAAGCAUUUGAUAUCGCUAAGCACAUUUAAAAAUAAUACAUCGAGUAUUGGAGGAGCAGUAUAUGCAGAUAGCAUAAAUCUUGAGAUUUAUCAGUCUAACUUCUCUAAAAAUUCUGCUGUUUCUUUAGAACUUAAUACUGCUGAGAGAGGAGUUACAGAUGGAACUGGUGGCGCAGUCAAUUUUAAUUGCCAAAAUUUUUGCACCUGCUCUUUUAAUGUCUCUUUCUGCUCUUUUUAUUGAAAUAAAGCUACAUAUAAUGGAGGUGCAGUUAAUUGAAAAUAUGCAAAAUAUCUAUUCAAUGAAAAUAAAUUUAUAAGCAAUUUUGCGGAAUACGGGGAUGAUAUGAGCUCUUCUCCUGUUGCUAUGGAGUAUGUAAAUCAAAACAGCACCGUUGGAGAGCACUCUGGUAACAGAAAGCUUACUACCAGUUUGACUUUAAACAAUGUUGCCUCAGGCCAAGAAAGUAAAUUCCCAAUAGCUUUUGCUUUAGUAGAUCACUUAAAUCAAGUUAUCAAAACUGAUAAUAUAAGCCAAGCUCAGCUACAAGUUGUAAGCCCUUCUUCAGCUCUUAUUUCUGGCUUAACAAUAGUUUAUGCUGUACAGGGAGUAUUCAAUUUCUCUGGCUACACAAUCACCGCAGAGCCGGGGUCUUCAGCUCAAAUAAGAGUUUACACUUCAGCAAUCCAGGAAACAAGUGACAGCAUUGAAGACUCAUCGAGCUUUUACAUUGACGUCAAGCUUAGGCUCUGCGAGCUUGGAGAAGCCACUGUCAAUGGGACUUGCUAUGGUUGUAAGAAGCCUUACUACAGUUUGAAUCCGAAAAACACUGCAUGCUUAUCAUGCCCUUCAUCAGCCAUUUGCUACGACAAUUACACGAUUGUUCCAAAGAAAGGAUAUUGAAGAAAUAGCAUGAUGACGAGCAAAUUCUGAAAGUGCCCGUACUCAAAAGCUUGCCUAGGCUCUCCAGAUAUCCACAAUUUAUCUUAUACAGGAGUUUGCAAGGAGGGCUAUAAAGGGAAUAUGUGCCAGUCUUGUAAACAUAAUUACUCAAGACUAUAUAAGAAUGAAUGCAUAAAAUGCCCUGGGAUUGUUAGCAAUAUCUUUAGACUGCUUGGCUUUCUUGUUUUUAUUAUUGCCAUUCUAGUUAUAAUGAUCAAAACUGCAAGAAAUUCUGUGUACAGAUCAGAAGCUUUUACUUCAGUUUAUAUUAGGAUAUUCUGAAAUUUCUUGCAGGUGCUGGUAAUAAUAACGACUUUCAAUUUAAACUGGCCCAAUGAAGUAAUUGAGCUUUUUCAUAUAAAUGAUAUUCUUGAUUAUACUGGGCAGCUAUUAUACUCUUUAGAAUGUUUUUUGCAGCUCUCGGUAUCUCGAGAUGAUGUGUACUUUAAAAGAAUCGUUAUCUCUUCUGCAAUGCCCUUUUGUCUCGGGAUUUUCUGUUUUACUGGCUGAUUUCUUUGAAAAAUCAAGACUAAGAGAUUCCAUUAUAUAAUGGAUGAUUUUAUAUCGACUGCUGUAGUGAUGCUAUUCUUAAUCCAUCCGAGCUUGAUGCAUGACCUGUUUAGCAUUUAUAGCUGCAAAGAAAUCGAUCCAGGAGAAUUUUGGCUUAACGCGGACCUCAAUAUAAGAUGCUGAACUCCGGAGCAUUCUUUCUAUGCUUUUAUCAUAGCAAUGCCAGCAAUAAUAAUAUGAGGAAUCGCAGUGCCUGCCUUAUGCCUUACUAAUUUAGUUAGAAAUUGAGAUAGGCUUGACGAAGUGUGAAUAAAGUUGCGCUAUGGAUUUCUUUUCAAUGGCUAUAAAUCAAAGUAUUAUUACUGAGAGUUUGUAAUUGCGUAUUCAAAAAUGAUUUUAAUAGCUUUUUCCGUUUUUUUAUCAAAUGUGUCAAUAGCUGUCCAAGCUAUUGCUGUUGUCAUCCUAUUAUACGUAUUUCUACAUACCCAGCGCAGAAACAAACCAUUUAUUUUGCAAAUUUUUAAUAGAAUGGAAUUUGUAUCAAAAUGUAUCUCACUACUUACUGCAUUUUCAGGUCUUUUCUUUUUAACAGGAGCUUUAAACUACGCUGGCAAAUUUUUCCUACUUGUAAUUGUGCUGCUAUCAAAUAUAGCAUUUGCUCUCUGAUGCCUUUAUAAAUGUACUCUUGAAGCUUUUAAAAUUGUAAAAAUUUUAAUUCUGGCUCUAAAACGAGGCAGAGUAGAGAUCGGAAUUGACGAAAAUUAUGAGUCAAAUAUAGACCACUGCAAUGCAGAAAAUUCAAAAAUUCAAGAUCAAAGCUAUAAUCUUGUGCCAAAUCAAACCAGAAUAGGUACUAAUACUGAAAAUUUAGAAAAAUCUUUAAAUGAUCAGGAUAGCUUAUGCUGCGAAAAAGAUCCAUUUCCUUCAGAAGCAGGCAGUAUGUAA